AAAAGACCCAAAUCCCCUCAACCUUCAGAUGAGCUUUUUCCCACUGUCCUUUGCGAUGGGCUGACAAGUGGAUCCAAGAUGGCGUAGAAAGUAAAGCUAGACAUUCUGUCCCUGAGUCAUGGCGGACAGGAGAGCGGAGAAGUCAUGUGAAGAAGCCAGCGGAUCGUUAGCCAGGCGGGAGUACGAGGUGGCGGUGAGCCACUGCACAGAUGCGCUGCUGGCCCUCGGCCCCCCGGCCCCUCCCAGCCCUGGAACCCCCAUGUCCAACCCCCCCAAUGACACGGUUACCCCCCUCCGCAGCCGCGCCCUGCUCUACAGGAUAGCCGCCCUGCUACAGCUGAAAAACUAUGAUCAAGCAGAUGAAGACUGCAAACAUGUUCUGGCCGAGGAGCUGGCCAAGGGAGACGGGUCGUUUCAGGCCAGCCUGCGCUGCAUGCUGCUGGACGGCAGCCUGCACGAAGUGGCUGGCCUCCUCUCCAAGUCCCUGUUUGGGGAGCCUCUGAAUGGCAUCGUCACAAAGGACUUAACUAGAUUAAAAAUGCUUCUCUCAGAAAUUGAGGCCAUUCGUAGUGAAAUUGCUACAGAAUACACAGACGACAACGAGGAAGUACGGGAUGGAUGGCAGUUUCGCCCCCCGCCUAGAGGAGUUACCAGCAGUGAGGAGUACACGCUGUGUAAAAGGUUCCUGGAGCAGGGCCUGUGUCGCUACGGUGCCCAGUGCACGUCGGCCCACUCCCGGGAGGAGCUGAUGGAGUGGCAGAAGCGCUACGCCUCGCGCCUCAUCCGCCUCAAGCAGCAGCAGGAGAGCAAGCACUUCACCGAGAACUACAUGGAGGCGCUCAUCGAGAAGUGGAUGAACUCUCUCUCCCCUGAGAAAGUGCUGAGUGACUAUUUGGACGGCGUCAACGUGGAACACAGCUCCAACCUCUCCGUAACUGUCACCACCAAGAAAUCAGCUCACUCCUGGACCUUCUCCCUGUUCUGCAAGCCUGUGAGGAAGCUGUACCGCAUCGCCCUGCUCUACGACGCCCACCGACCCCACUUUUCCAUCACGGCUGUGUCGGUUGGCGAUGCCGGCGCCCAGCGGCUGCAGGCGGCGGCCGAGGGCUGCCAGGAGUGGACGGCGGGCGAGGAGGCGCUGGCGGCCGACAACGGCAUGGACCACUGCGUCUACACGGUGGUGGUGGGCUUCAGCACCGAGAUCUUCGGCACCUUCCGCCAGACCAUAGUCUUCGACUUUGGCUCGGAGCCCGUGCUGAUGCAGCGCAUCAUGGUGGACGCCGCCUCCAUAGAAGACCUGGAGCACCUAAUGCAAGCCAGGCAGCAGCUCCUGAUGACGGCCAAGCGCUGGGACCCGUCCUGCAAGACAAUCGUGGAGUUCAGCCCCAACGAGACGGUUGACCUGGACCGCAGCCUGCUGGCUCGCUACCAGAUCCCUCUGUCGGCCGACCAGCUCUUCACCCAGUCGGUCCUGGACAAGACCCUGACCCGGGACAACUACCAGGCCCGCCUGCACGACCUGCUCUACAUCGAGGAGAUCGCCCAGUACAAAGAAGUCAGCAAGUUCAACAUCAAAGUCAACCUCCAGCUGGUCACCAGCUUCAUGCUGACGGGCAUCUCGGGUGGCGCCAAGUACGCCCAGAACGGGCAGCUCUUCGCUCGCUUCAAGCUGACUGAGACGCUGUCGGAGGACACACUGGCGGGCCGCCUUGUCAUGACCAAGGUGAACUCUGUCUUGCUGUUGCCCCUGGCCCGCCAGGAGUGGUGCAGCCAGCCCCCGGGGGUCAAGGAGCGGGUCUACGAGGCCUGCAUCGAGGAGAAGACCAAGGACUACAUCUUCCUGCGGAUAUGCAAGGACUGCUGCGAGGAGCUGGGGUUGAUACCUGACAGGGAACUGCAGGUGGAGCUGCAGUUUCAGUUGAACCGCCUGCCCCUGUGUGAGAUGCACUAUGCUCUGGACCGCAUCAAAGACAACGGUAUCCUGUUCCCAGACGCCAGCCUUACACCCACCAUCCCCUGGAGCCCCAACAGGCAGUGGGACGAGCAGCUGGACCCGCGUCUCAACGCCAAGCAGAAGGAGGCCAUCCUGGCCAUCACCACGCCUCUCACCAUCCCCCUGCCCCCUGUGCUCAUCAUCGGGCCCUACGGCACGGGCAAGACCUUCACCCUGGCACAGGCUGUCAAGCACAUCCUCAGGCAGGACGACAGCAGGGUCCUCAUUUGCACCCAUUCCAACAGUGCAGCUGACCUGUACAUAAAGGACUACCUUCAUCCAUACGUAGAAGCGGGCAACGCGCACGCAAGACCUCUCAGGGUUUACUUCAGGAACCGCUGGGUGAAGACUGUCCACCCGUUGGUGCAGCAGUACUGUUUGAUCUCCAACACACAGUACACUUUCCAGAUGCCCGAGAGGGAGGACAUCCUCAGGCACCGCGUGGUGGUGGUCACCCUCAGCACGUCCCAGUACCUCUGCCAGCUGGACCUGGAGCCAGGGCUCUUCUCCCACAUCCUAUUGGACGAGGCGGCCCAGGCCAUGGAGUGUGAGACCAUCAUGCCUUUCGCGCUGGCCAGCAAAAGCACCCGCAUCGUGCUGGCUGGAGACCACAUGCAGCUCAGUCCGUUUGUGUACAGCGAGUUUUCUCGAGAGCGCAACCUGCAUGUGUCGCUGUUGGACCGGCUGUACGAGCACUACCCAGCCGAGUUCCCCUGCCGCAUCCUGCUCUGUGAGAACUACCGCUCCCACGAAGCGAUCAUCAGCUACACGUCAGAACUGUUCUACGACGGGAAGCUGAUGGCCAGCGGGAAGCAGCCGUCUCACAAGGACUUCUACCCGCUGACCUUCUUCACGGCGCGCGGCGAGGACGUCCAGGAGAAGAACAGCACGGCCUACUACAACAACGCAGAGGUCUUUGAGAUCGUGGAGCGGGUGGAGGAGAUGCGCAAGAAGUGGCCGGUGGCGUGGGGCAAGCUGGACGAGGGCAGCAUCGGCGUGGUGUCGCCCUACGCCGACCAGGUAUUCCGCAUCCGCGCCGAGCUCCGAAAGAAGAGGAUGCACGAGGUCAGCGUGGAGAGGGUGCUCAACGUCCAAGGUAAGCAGUUCCGGGUGCUCUUCCUGAGCACAGUGCGCACGCGGCACACCUGCAAGCACAAACAGACGGCCAUCAAGCGCAAGGAGCAGCUGGUGGAGGACUCUACAGAGGACCUGGACUACGGCUUCCUGUCCAACUACAAGCUGCUCAACACAGCCAUCACUCGCGCCCAGUCCCUGGUGGCCGUGGUGGGAGACCCCAUAGCGCUCUGCUCGGUGGGCCGCUGCAGAAAGUUCUGGGAGAAGUUCAUCUCCAUCUGCCACGAGAACGCCAGCCUGCACGGCAUCACCUUUGAGCAGAUCAAGGCCCAGCUGGAGGCCCUUGAGCUCAAGAAGACCUACGUGCUCAACCCGCUGGCGCCCGAGUUCAUCCCCCGCGCCCUGAGGCCCCAGCCGGCCCAGCACCCCCAUCAUCACCAUCACCAUCACCCACACCCCCAGGGACACACGGCCAGCAAGCAGCCCGGGCCCCAGCAGCAACAGCAGUCUCCUCCGAAGGGGAAAGGUCAACAUGUGAACCACACGGAGCACUUCCCACCUGAAGGAUUUGUUCAACCCAACCCUGCGGUGUUGAUGGGCAACCCCAUCCGGGCGUUCACGCCGCCCCUGGGGGGCACCCCUGGCGGCAUGGGCAAGUCCCCUAGUCCUGUGCAGAGGAUAGACCCCCACACGGGCGCCAGCAUACUCUACGUGCCCGCCGUCUACGGGGCCAACAUGGUCAUGUCCAUGCCACUGCCCUCUGUCCCCAUCCAGUUGCCAUGGCCCGGCUACCAGAACCGCUUUGCCAUGGACCCACGCAUCAUGAACCACCAGGCGGCCAUGGCCUACAACCUGAACCUCCUGCAGGCCCAGAACCGGGGCUCGCCCAUCCCCUACAGCGGAGUCGCACACCCUUCCCCCUUGGGCAUGGGCCAGCAGACUAGUCCCGACAAGGAGCUUCAGGCUGAUUCCACCAGAAACGGUAAAAUGGACGGGAGUGCAAAGUCCGAGCAGAGCCGGCUACAGACACCAGAGAGGAAGACCUCGGAGAUGAAGGACAAACCGGGAGAGUGUGAUCCGGGCGGUGGUCGGACUCUGGACUCUCAGACAGAUGGACUGGGCUUCCCCAACGCCAUGCUCCACCGCAAGGACAACUCAAGCCAAAGACCCCUCAACUACCACCUGGCGCCUCCCAACCCGGCCUUUGCCCCCCAUCCCGUGGGUCGGGCCUUCCCCCCACAGUACCCCGGCGUGUCCAGGCUCCCCUUUAGGAUGCCGUCCCAGCACCCAGGUGGGGGCCCGGCCAUGGGCCAGUCUAACCAGCAUCACUCGGCCCAGCUAUCACCAGCCUACGACAGUGGCAGGCACAAUCCCUCCUUCUUUGGUGGGGUCAUGGCCUCCCACAGGGUUGUGCCAGAGACUGAAGAGGAGGGGCCGGAGGACAUGGGGAAUUCCAUGAGGUCCCAGAUGGGCCACCAAGGGGCGCACCACCCAGCCCUGUCGCAGCCCAGCCGAGUUAACAGCUUCGGGGAGGAGAACCAGGAAGGAGGCCUGGGAGAUGGGAUGGACCCCCUAGCUCUGGAGGCCCUGAGCCAGCAGGCGCGGCUGGGCCAGUGGGGUGAGCCCGGGCCCUUCCUCCAGGGCGGUGUGGCCUUCCCUCUGCCCCAGCAGCUGGCCCAUCUGGCCCAGCCCGGCCUAGCACGCUUCCCUCCUCAGCUGCUGGCACGGGCCAACUGGAGGAUGAGCGCCGGUAUGGAGGACGAGGCUGGCGGACCGCCUUUCACCAGGUUCCCAGGCCUCCUGCGAGAGAUGCCCCCUCAGGAUCAGCCCGAUCCCAGGGACCUGGCAGAGAUGCAGCCCCCUCCCCAGUCCCGCCUGCUCCAAUACCGCCAGGUCCAGUCCCGCUCCCCAGGAGACCCCUCCUCCCCCUCGUCUGCAACCUCCAACCACACCGGCCCCUUCCCCCCUGGCCCCUAUCCUGGCCGAGACCCUACCAGCCACGAGCUGGACCUCCUCAAUAACCCGGGUCUCCAGCAGCACCCGGGGAACCAGCUCUACAACGCCUACCCCCACCAGCUGGGCCACUCUACUACCCCGCCCCCGCAGGUCAAGUACCUCCUCCAGGAGGCCCAGUGGCCUCACGGCGGAGCUGGCGUUGCUCAGAACCACAUGCUGGCCCAGGGCCAGGGCUUCCCCUACGGGCUGCCUGUCAUGGCCCACCCCAGUAGACAGGAGCAGGUCCACCUCAUGCAGCUCCACCACCAGCACCACCAGCAGCAGCAGCAGCAGCAGCACCACCAACAGCAGCAGCAGCAGGGUCAAGGCCAGGAGCCCUACCACCCCCUCUCCCCCAGAACAACAGGUGCCACCGCCCUUCACAAUGUAGAAGAGUAUGAACCCAGGGGUCCCGGGCGGCCCCUCUACCAGCGGCGGAUCUCCUCCAGCUACCCAGACGAGGGAUCCCCGGCCAACGCCGCCGUUAUGGCCCAGCAGCAGCCACAGCCCUGCCCGGCAGACCCCCAGGAGCACCCCCACCAACACCCUCACCCCCACCAACACACUCACCAACACCCCCACGCCCCCUACGGCUACCCCCCGCCCGAGCUGUGGCCCGGCAACGGGGGGUGGCCCCGGCCCGUUCCAGAACAUUCCAUGCAACGGAGCCAGCACACUCGUUCAACACCAACACCGGGAUCUCCUAGUAGCUUCCAAGGCCCUGCGGCAGGCAGCAGAGGAGCAGAUGAAGGCUGAAGCGGCAGCAGCAGUAGCUGCGGCCCAGCCUCCCGCCCACUCCCUCCAGCACCUCGGACAGUUCCCCCCUCUCAUGCCCAACAGCAAGCAGCAGCAGCCGCAGCAGCAGCAGCAAGCCCCCCCAGAGCCCGGCCAGGGCCCC